AUGGUCGCCGAGAAAGCUCCAUCCGUUGCGUCGAGCAAUGGCACUCUUGGGGCCAAAUCCGUUCAGUCUCGCAAGCGCGUUGCAGAAGCCAUCGCCGAGCAGGAAUGGCCCAAGAAGCCCCGCAUCGAUGCCAAAACCGAUCGCACAAAAUGGAGGAUGAAGGACGAGGACGGCCGACACACCUGGAAAUACUUGGAGGGCGACGACGCCGCAAAGGACUGGCCCCAGACCUACGCCGACAAGUACUACUUGGGUCUUCCUCUCGACCUCCCAAUCCUUCCCGAGCCUGAAAAUCCACUCGAUGCGACACGCAAUGGCCUCGAAUUUGUUGAAAAGCUCCAACUGCCCUACGGCGACUGGGGUUGCGAAUACGGCGGUCCCAUGUUCCUACUCCCAAGUGCCGUUAUCGCCUGGUAUGUCACCAAGACGCCCAUCUCGUCCGCCUUCGCAACCGAAAUCAAGAACUAUCUCUUCGCCCGCGCGCAUCCUGAGUUGGGUGGCUGGGGUCUCCAUACCGAAGGUAUCAGUACCGUCUUUGGCACCUCCAUGAAUUAUACAACCUUGCGCCUCAUUGGCGUCGAUGCUGAGGAGCCCAUCAUGGUCAAGGCCAGAGCAAGACUUCAUGAGCUCGGUGGCGCAACGAAAGGGCCGCACUGGGCCAAGUGGUGGCUCGCUGUCCUGGGAGUUGUGGACUGGGAGAUUGUCAACCCCGUUCCUCCCGAGAUCUGGCUGCUGCCAGACUGGGUGCCCAUUGCCCCUUGGCGGUGGUGGGUUCACAUUCGUCAGGUCUUCUUGCCAAUGUCAUACGUAUACUCCAAGCGCUGGACUUGUGAAGAGACUGAAGUCAUUCGCGACCUCAAGAAGGAGCUCUUCCCCGAGAAUUGGGCAUCCAUCAACUGGAAGGCGAACCGCAACAGCAUUGCACAGGUCGACAACUACAACCCCAAGUCCUGGCUGCUCAACACAGUGAACUGGUGCUUGGUCAAUAUCUGGAAUCCCUAUCUGCGAACAAACUGGAUCAAGGAGAGAGCUGAAGCUUGGACCAGUGACUUGGUUGACAUGGAGGAUGCCAACACGGACUACCUAGGUCUGGCGCCAGUCAAUGGCCCCAUGAACCACAUUGUCUGCUACAUUCGGGACGGCCCAGGGGCUUACACAGUCCGUCGACACGCUGACAGAAUCAUGGACUCCCUAUGGGUUAAUGCCGAGGGCAUGCUGGGCAACGGUACUAACGGCGUCCAAUGCUGGGACACCGCCUUCAUGAUCCAGUCAGUCGUCGCUGCUGGUCUCGAGACUGAUGAUCGUUGGCGCCCCAUGCUGGAGAAGGCCCUCGGCUUCCUCGACAGGCAGCAGAUUCGUGAAAACUGCAAAGAUUCGGACAAGUGCUACCGCCAGCAGCGCAAGGGCGGUUGGCCUUUCAGCAACAGGGAACAAGGCUACGCUGUCAGUGACUGCAUUUCUGAGGCGCUCAAGGCCGUCAUCUUGCUGCAAAAGACCGAGGGCUACCCCCAGCUUCUCGAUGACCGGCGUAUUUUUGAUGCCAUCGACUCCAUUCUUCUUUACCAAAACGAGACCGGAGGCGUGGGCUCAUACGAACAGCGUCGCGGGGGCGAGUACAUGGAGUUGCUCAAUGCCGCCGAGGUCUUUGGCCGUAUCAUGAUCGAGUACGACUACCCCGAAUGCACCACUGCCUGCGUCACGGUCUUGUCGCUCUUCCAGAAGCACUGGCCCGAUUAUCGCAAGGAUGACAUCCGCAUCUUUGUCAAGCGUGCUGUGAACUGGAUCCGUUCCCACCAGAACAUUGAUGGUUCUUGGUACGGAAGCUGGGGUAUCUGCUUCACCUAUGCGGGUAUGUUUGCGUUGGAGAGUCUGGCCUUCGCAGGAGACACCUACAACACUAGCAAAGUCUCUAAGAGGGGUUGUGACUUCUUCAUCUCCAAGCAGAGAGAGGAUGGUGGAUGGUCCGAGAGCUACAAAGCUUCCGAGACAAUGGAGUACCACGAACACCCGAGAGGAUCCCUAGUAGUGCAGACCGCCUGGGCCCUGAUCGGCCUGAUGGAGGCUGAGUACCCCCACAUUGAGCCCCUUCGAAAGGGUAUCCAAUUCCUCAUGGAUCGCCAGCAAGCCAAUGGCGAAUGGCUCCAGGAGACGAUGGAAGGCGUUUUCAACAAGAGUUGCACGAUUGCGUAUCCCAACUACAAGUUCACGUUCCCGAUCAAGGCGCUUGGCAUGUUUGCCCGCAAAUAUCCAGAUGAGAAGAUUACCCCUGGCAUUAGCGACAAGGGGGACUUGUAG